AGAUUUCUGCUUUUGGUGAUGGUCCUACGAGUUUAGGCCACGUUGAGUGAUGUGUUGUUUGUGGAAACUUAUGAUUUGAAUGAAACUUAUUGCCCUUAACACCAUUUCGAUGUGAAUAGGAUAAAGUCUUUAGUGAUAUACUUCAAUAUGCAGUGCAUAUUCCUUUUUGCGAUUUCGGUAUCUCUUUAUAUUUGUAUAGUUACCGCUGUAGAAUUGACAUUUGAGUUGCCGGAUAACGCUAAACAAUGUUACCAUGAAGAUAUUGAGCAAGGAGUUAAAUCUACUGUUGAAUUUCAAGUUGUGACUGGUGGUAACUAUGAUGUUGAUGCUGUCCUUGAAGCACCUUCUGGCAAAGUCCUUUACCGUGGAAUAAAAAAACAGUCUGACAGCUACUCUUGGGUUGCUGACCAAACAGGGGUCUAUAAACUCUGUUUCAGCAACGAGUUUUCUACAUUUAGUCAUAAGUUGGUUUACUUAGAUUUUAUUGUGGGAGAAGAAAAACCUCUUCCUGGUAUUGGUGAACAUUUAACUGCAAUGACUAAGUUGGAAACAUCAUCAGCCAAUGUGCAUGAACAUCUUAAUACUAUCAUAGACUACCAAACACAUCAUCGGUUAAUGGAGGCACAAGGGCGAAAACGCGCUGAAGAUUUGAAUACUCGUGUUAUGUAUUGGUCCAUGGGAGAAACCAUUCUUAUUAUUUGUAUUGGUGUUGGACAAGUUAUUGUACUGAGAAACUUUUUUAGUGAGAAAAAAGGAUCAUCUUCAUGAGAACUCUUAGUCCUUAAAAAUGUUUUAUAUAGAGGCAUACAAACAAGGGUAUUGUUUAAUAAUGUUUCUUCCAUGGGAAAAACUAGUUGUGCCUCAUGUUUUGUAUGCCUUAAAGGAUCAUCAAAACAUUUUGCAAAAUCAUCGCUCUUCAUGCUUAUUUUAAUUUUGGAUUAUGUGGUGAAACUAAUAAAAUUUAUUGAACGUAUGGAUAUAGGUCAUAAAUAUAAAUUUUUCAUUCAUAUUUGAAUAGACUAAUAUUAUCAAAAAAAUAGCUUGUUUAAAUUCACCUUUUCCCCCCUAUAUUGUUUUUCUGGUCUCUCUCUCUGCAAAAAUAAUAAUAAUUUUUACAUUAUAAAACGAUAAGUGCUUACCAGUCGUGCUUAAAAUAAAAGUUAAUUUUUAGGAGUAAGAUCAAUUUUAGUUUGAAUUUUAGGUACUCUUCUAUUUUUGCUUAUUAUAUUAGCUAUUUAUAUUAUAUUUCAAAUUAUCUGACUUGAUUUUUUGAUUGACAUAAUAAUUAUAAUCUCUUGAAUUUACUUAUUAUAUUUAAUGUAUUUUUUUUUCUUUUUUGUUCAGAUUGUGAUACAAAAAUAAAUGUAUUAUUUAUUUUAUUAUAUGUUCCUGUUUUUCUCCUGAAUGGCAUUUGUUUAUUCGUGAGAAGUUUCUAUUUUGUUUGUAAAUUUAUUUUUUCCAAUUUAGUUGAAGUACAAAUCCCGUUGUCACAAUUCAGAUGUUUCUGUUUAAGCUACUCAUAUCUGUAUUCUUUUGUCUUAAAUAUAAACAAGAACAAUUUUCAAAAUGAAAUAAAGUUACACAAGAAA